AUGUCAAAUCCAAUUCCUCAGCUAGUAAAUAUAUCUCAUGCCUUGCAAUCUAACAUGGUACAACAGAUUAGAACAGACGUUGCAAGUUUUACACAACCAGGUGAACUAUCAACAGAUCAAGUAAAUAAAAUUGAUAACUACCUAAGUGCGUUAAAAUCUGCAUUAACCCAAUUUACCAAUGACAACAAGCAUAUUGAAAACAAUGAUCCUUCAAUGAGUGUUACAGAUCUCGAUAUUCAACUUUAUUCGGGUUUAAAAGCAAUGUAUAUAGACUAUAUUAAUCAAUUAAAUCAAAUCAAAUUAAGUAAUUCUGAAUUGAAACAAAGGCAAGAAGAUGAUAAAAGGAUCAAACAGAAUAUUAAACUACUAAACGAUAUCAAUGAAACACUACCGAUUAAAUCUGCUGAUGAAAGGAGGCUGUUCUUUAAAAAUUUAACAAUUAACGAUAAUUAUAAAUUUGUUCUAAAAUCUAAUGAUCUUUUAGCUUCAGUAGUAAAAUUAUGUGAACUGGAUCUAUCUACAACGGAAAAUAUUAAGUCAUAUAUCACAUUUUUAAAAUCAAUUGGUUACUCAAAAGAAACCUUGAAGAAAGAAUUACCAUCAAGCAUAACCAAGCCAAUUGAUGAAAAAGUAAAAAUCAAAAAGACAAAAUCUCCUAAAAAUAGCAUUGUAGUUGGUAUGGCCGCCGGUAGUAAUAAUAGUAACAGUAGUAUCAGUAGCAGUAACAGUAGUAAUUCCUCAGUAACUGAGAGUUCAACUGUUUUACCAAAAGUUAAAAAAAAGCGAGAUAUCUAUAUUGCUAACGCUACAGGUAAAAAAGAUAAAAAUUCUAGCUUAUCUGGUGAAGUCCUUAACAAAGAUACAGAUGUUAUAUUGCUGAAUAAUAAAGAAAAGAUGAAUGAUGCUGCCGGCGAUGACGAUGGAAAGGCAAGCUCACAGGUAGAAGAGAACAAAAAGAAAAUAUCUUUCUCGAAAUACUUAAAAAAAGAUGAUAGCGAUACGACGGCGACUGAAAGUCCCAAAAGAUCUGCUUCUUCUAAAAACGUCUCACUGGAUGAACCUACCAGUAAAAGAAUAAAAAACGAUGAUACAAAUGAAGUUAAGCCAAUCUCAAUUUUGAAAAAUGGUGAAAAUAUAAGAUCAUCUUCAAGAGUGUCUAAAUCCAUGAAUAUUAACUUUUCCGAUAAUUUGAUGUUAUAUGGUGAUGAUCUUCCAGAUUCAGGCCUAAAAGUGACCUCGUCGGAAUUGAAGAAGAUUUUAAAACCAUUUAAAGAAGGUGAACCAAAUGAAAAACUACAUUUUGGAGAUUUUAGAGUCAGGCCGAUGAAACUCAUUCCUUUAGUCUCUCAGAGUAUGAAUGUGGAAGAGAUUAUGGAUAUUUCUGAAUUGAAAGGAGGACCGGUCUCUUGCCAAACAAGAACACCGCCUUUUUAUAGAGAAGAGUUUCAAAAUUUUAACAAGGAACUAAAAAAGAAGCCACCAAGAGAACCUAUUCUCUCAAGCGAAAAUGAAAAUAACAAUGACGCACAUGAAAAUGAUAAUUCGAUGCCACUUGUGGCCAAAGCAUUUGGUAAAAAUGCCUUGCUGUUGAAAAAGGACAGAGGUGGUUUACCAUACAAACGUGUUCCGGAAAUACCCAGGAAUAAUUAUCCACCAAAGCAUAUUCGAUGA